AUGGCAUCCCACUUUAGUUGUGACGAGGAUUUGUAUUACCCUGUCACAUCUUAUCCAAAGACAAACUCAUGGAACAAGAGGCUUGAUUGCUGCUCAUGGGAUGGUGUCACUUGCGACGGCAUCACUGGCAACAUUGUUGGUCUCGAUCUUACUUGCAGUUGGCUUCGAGGCACUCUUCAUUCCAAUAGCUCCCUCCUUCUCCUUCAACAUCUUCGAAGCCUAAACCUUUCCGGUAAUAAUUUUGUUGGCUCACAAAUUUCGCCUAAUCUAAGUGCAUUUGCAAAGUUGACUCAUCUGAAUCUCUCUCGUUCACACUUUCUUGGUACUGUUCCUGGUGAGAUCUCUCGCCUCUCCAAGCUUGUGUCACUUGAUCUCUCUUACAAUUAUGAUGUUACAUACUCAUUCCCUUCUCUUGUAUUGGAAAAUACAAUCUUCACAAAGCUCCUUCAGAAUCUAACAAUAGUGAGAAAGCUUGUUCUUGAUGAAGUAAACAUGUCCACGAUUUCACCAAUGUCAUUUGCGAAAUUGCCUUCUUCUUUGACACAUUUAAGAGUUUCUGCUUGUUCCAUGGGGGGAAUGUUUCCAGAUAUUGUUUUUCGAUUACCUAGCCUUAUUACUCUUUGUCUACGCUCCAAUCCCAACAUGUUCGGGAUUCUUCCCAAAUCCAAUUGGACUGGUCCUCUUGCGUACUUGUGUCUCGACGGUACGAGCUUUUCAGGAGUAAUACCCGAUUCAAUUGGUAACAUGAAGAGAUUAACAAUGUUAAGUCUUAGUGAUUGCAAAUUCACAGGACACAUCCCUUCAUCACUGUGGAAUCUCAAGCAACUCCAAGUUCUAUAUCUAGCCGGGAAUAACUUUAGUGGGGUUGUAGAGUUUGAAAUCUUUACAAAGUUUAAAAAUCUCCGAAUGCUUAAUGUUUCUCUAGCACUAAAUCUAACUUACAGUACACUGAAGUAUAAGUUCCCGAAGCUUGAAGUGUUGGGGUUGCCUUCUUGCAACUUGACCAAAUUCCCCUAUUUUUUGAAUUCGUUAGAAAUAUUAACACGCUUAGACCUCUCUUUUAAUAGGAUUAGUGGGGAGAUCCCCAAGUGGUUUUGGGGGAUAAGCCCUAAUACAUUGGAACUCUUAGAUCUUUCUCAUAACCUUUUGGAGGGAGGUAUACAACAAUUGUAUUGGAAGCGAUUGCGGUAUAUUAACCUUCUGAACAACUCAUUCCGAGGACCACUCCCCAUCCCUCCACCUUCUACUUCUUACUUUAUUGCAGACAACAAUAAUUUCACCGGUAAGAUCCCAUCUUCAAUUUGCCAGUUGAGUUCACUCAGGUACUUAUGUUUAUUUAACAAUACUCUCUCUGGGAAUAUGCCAUCAUGUUUUGGUAAUAUGACCAAUCUCUUCUAUCUAAACUUGAGAAACAAUAAAUUACAAGGGCCAUUACCGCGCUCACUAGUCAAAUGCGCGAACUUAGCCAUACUAUUUCUUGGUUACAAUGAGUUAUGUGAUAUCUUCCCACGUUGGUUGGAAGCACCGCAUCUUCAGCAGCUCGAUUUGGAACACAACCAAUUUUAUGGUAGGAUCAAACUCACCAACUUUGAACUCUCCUUCCCUGCUCUUGAAGCAUUUUUUGUUUCCAACAACAAUUUUACUGGAGAGUGGUCUACAGAGGUUUUCUCAAACACCUCAUUGGUUGUAAUAGAUUUGUCCAACAACAAGUUUGGAGGGCCAAUUCCACUUCCAUCUUCCGUGACUUUUUAUUAUUCCAUUGAAAGUAAUAAGAUGACAGGAAGGAUCUCUCCUUUGAUAUGCAAUGCCACCAAGCUUGAGGUCAUCAACUUGUCUCACAACAGCUUGAUAGGUACCUUGCCUCGGUGCUUAACAAAUUUUAGCACCGAUCUGUCAGUUUUGAACUUGCAAAUGAAUCACCUUGAGGGCACAAUUCCUCAAUCAUUUUGUUGGAGAAAUAGCUUGAAGACUCUUGACUUGAGUCGAAAUCAUUUUGAAGGCACAUUACCCCGGUCCUUUGUCAACUGUAGAUGUCUGGAAGUUCUGGAUCUCAGUGACAAUCAAAUAGAGGAUAAGUUCCCGACAUGGUUGGGAACACUCCCAGAAUUAAAAGUUCUCAUUUUGAGGUCCAACAAUUUUAAGGAUCUUUUGAAUAUUCCCGAGGGAGCUCACCUCUUUUCCAAGUUACAUAUUUUGGACCUCUCCAACAACAACUUUAAAGGUCCUUUGCCUGCCAACUUGAUAAUGAACUUUAAAGCCAUGGUGGAUGAUGAAAAUGGGCGAGACAAACCAUUGUAUAUGGAAUGGAUUUAUAGAGGAUCGUUUUAUGAAACUUCAGUGACUGUGAUGAUGAAAGGGCUAGAUAUUGAGCUAGUGAAGAUCUUAACUGUCUUCAAAACCAUCGACUUGUCACACAAUUCUUUUCAAGGGGGCAUUCCCGAAGUCUUUGGGGAUCUUCACUCUCUCAUAGGGCUCAACCUUUCCCACAAUCACCUUACAGGUUUCAUCCCUCCAACUUUAGGUAACUUGACUAAACUUGAGUGGCUUGAUCUAUCCUCAAACAAGCUUAGUGGGGAAAUUCCAAGAGUACUGGGAGAUUUGGCAUCCCUUGGAUACUUAAACCUCUCCAAGAACCAACUGACAGGACGCAUACCUCAAGAUAAGCACCUGAGCACAUUUUCAAGCAACUUUUUCAGCGGGAAUCCUGGUUUAUGUGGAACUCCAUUGCCAAAAGCAUGCCCUGGCGAUGCUCAACCUCCUUUGCCAUCGUCCUUGUCCAAUUUCAACCACAAAGGGCAUGAGAGUUGGCUCAAACAAAAAGAAGUGUGGAUAGGUUAUGCAUCUGGAAUUGUAAUCGGAAUGUCCAUAGCAUACAUUGCAUUUGAAACAGGAAGGCCCAGAUGGUUUGCGCGAGGUGUGAGAAUGCUAGAGAGAAAAGCUGCCAAGUGGAUGGAGAAGCCAAACCGGAAGGCCAUCAAAUUCCACGGAUCAUGA